CCCCCCUCCCCGCGGGCCCCUGUUCGAUCCGCGAUCUUUUGAUUUCGUAAAUCCUUCCGGACGGAAAGCACGCUUUUUCAUCCCUUUCUCGAGUGAGUUAAACAAUAUUUACUUCCCAAACGAGAUUGCUCUGAUUCGAGAAACGAAAGUGCAGUUCGCACGUGCAUUGAUCCAUCGACUCGAAACCCUUACGAGGAAGAUCGUCGAUCGGAGAUAAGCCGCGUGGAACUUUCGAGGAUUUAAAGUGUGACACAGUGCUUCGGAGCGCAUCGGUUCGUUGGUUUCGUUGUUCGGAGUGAACACGUGUUUCGAUGAGCGCGCAAUUUCGUUCCAUUUUCAUAAUUACUUUCAAAACUCGAUUCUCGAUUCUCGGCCCAGCGAAUAAUCCUUGACGAGUUACACCGGCGUAGAAAAGCUGUGACUCUAUUGGGAGGAAGCAUCGAGAGUACGAGCGAAUGUUAAGUGAGAUCCUUCGUAAUCGUUUAAUUGAUUCGUUAAACCGGCUCGAGGUCCCUCGUGUUUACGUUGUCGGACAUCGCGCGAUGAGAAAAUUUGGAAACACUCGAAUCCGCUGUACUUACGAUCUCACACCGGGAUCACGCGAGUGCUCUAGUUACGACGAAAAGUUUCAUCGGCUCGCGACGUCUCGCGAUCGAUCAGACACACCGAGUGUCUCAAGUCCGCUCGUCCUCGACUUUGACCCGGAGCAAAUGCUCGUUACGCGAAGGAAUUAACGAAACUCAUCGAAUCCCCGAUCUGAUGAAGGUCCAUAAAAAGCUGCGUUCGAACGAAAUGAAACUUCGUUAAAAGCUCCGGGACGAUCUUCGCAGACGACAGGAAUAUAAACAGAAACGGUGCCAUUCAAUGUGAAAAAAUAAAUAAAAAAUUUUUUUUUAAACAAAAUCAAAUCAAUAAACAAAUAAGCAAUGAAGAAAACUCUGCGACGAUAUAGAAAAUUCGCAAUAUAAAUUCAAGCCGAAGACAGGAAACUUUACAGUGUUGAAGAUUUAUGAUAUUUGAGUUAUCAGUGCGAGGAACAUAAAGAAUUGAUAUAUUUGCGAUUACAUAAUUGAAUAUAUCAGAGAUAAAGAGUAUUUUUGCCUGAAGUAUAACUGCAGUUUGAAUAGUACAAUUAGUGGGGUUUCAACGAGAGUAUGGGGCGGGGUUAACACGUGUCGAGAAGAAUGCCGCCCGGCGAAUCCAAUUAGUGCGUCCGCGCGGGAGCGAAAAAAAAUUGAGUGCCGAAUAAUUUUAGUCGUUUCAUUAAUUCGCCUCAAUUUCUUGCUUCACGAAGCAAGUACGCGACGAGCAAAGACGCGGAUUGACGUUAUCGUAUUUCGAUUUAACUAUCAUUGGUUUCUCGCAGUCAUACGCCGAGGUUAGACGUUCUUUUCAUCACCGCUUUUUCGACAUGAAGCUCCUCGCUGAAAGAAAGUUGAACUUUGAGCGCUUUUCCUCCCCCUUUCGCGAUUGCUUUUAUCUGAACGUUCGUCGGCAUCGAAAAUUUUGUCAUUGACUUCGAUUUUCAUCGAUAUAUGCUUCGACGUAUCGAGCGCAUUUUCGUUGCCGGCCAGCAUCCAAAGUGUGCGAACAGCAUUGUGAUCUUUUCUCUUCCCUCUCUCUCUCUCUCUCUCUUCAGAGAGAGGAAAAAACGACGACUCUAAAAAGGCUCAAACUCUGCCAAUGGACCUCAGCAUGACGCCGCGACGCCCGCCGGACGGCGUCGAGCUCCAAAAAACACGAGUAGCCAAGAGCGUUUUCAGCAUUAGAAGCCUCGUUGACGUCGGUGAUGCAGAUCUUACCAGCAGCAACGACGACGAAAGAAACCCUGAUAAUUCUGGGCGAGGCAGCACCGAGGCCGUCUCGCAGACGAGUCCUGCAAGCAGUACGAGCAGCUCGAGCAUAACUCAGGUGUGCCAUCAAGCUCACCAGCCUGCUCAACAUCAUCAACAACAAGCGAUUCAUCAAUCGAAUCAAACCAAUCAAAUGGGUAUCUCGACCGAGGAUGUUAGACCCGAGGACGAGGGCUCGCACCCUAGGGCUGCCCCAACGAGUCCUGAAAGUGAGGCCGAGGCUGAUGACUUUGCUCCUAAGAGAAAGCAACGAAGAUAUCGGACGACCUUCACAAGCUUUCAACUCGAAGAACUAGAAAAAGCUUUCUCCAGGACUCAUUACCCAGACGUUUUUACUCGAGAGGAACUGGCCAUGAAGAUCGGACUGACGGAAGCCCGGAUACAGGUAUGGUUCCAGAACAGAAGAGCCAAGUGGCGAAAGCAGGAGAAGGUGGGUCCCCAAGGUCAUCCUUACAACCCAUAUUUGGGAACCGGAGGACCACCACCGUCGGCGGUAGUUGCUCCAUCGCUGCCCAAUCCGUUCGCCCAUCUCGGAACGUUCGCUUUGAGAAAACCGUUCGAGGCUUUUCGUUAUCCACCCCUCGGCCACGGUCACGUCUUACCAGGCGGUUAUCCAGCUCACCCUUAUCAUCGUGGACCGCCGCAGCUCCUGCCACCUGGAAUGCCAUUGCCCUACACCUCGGCCGCGUCCUUUCAAACUCUUCUUGCCAACAUAUCCGCAGCUCAGAGGCCAAAGAUCGUUCGUAACUCACCUCCCCCUCCGCCGGCCCCGUCAUCGGCAACCGUCGCGCCGCCGCCGCCGCCUCCUCCGCCUCCUCCCCAACCUCCAACGGUCGUCAACAUCCCUUCCGCAGCAUCCGCGGCUUCGCCGACUUGCACCAGCUCCCCGCAAAGCUCGCCAACCGGAAGCGUCACCGCGCUGCCGGAUAUCGAUCGUAGAACCAACAGUAUAGCCUCCCUGAGGCUCAAGGCCCGUGAGUACGAACUCCAUCUUGAGAUGCUCCGGAAAAACGGCGAUCUCAUCAGUUGAACGAUCUCCAGUCGUUGUAUUCUUUCCUGCUACUUCGCCCCUCAAACUCUGAGAUACAAACGUUUGUCAACCUCAACGAAAUACUUUUUGUACUCGUCGCAAAAUAAUCCCCUUCUGGAUUUCGAUCGUGCGCGCUUCGGUGUUUCGGCACCGAGUAUAUGUUAAAGGCAAGGAAAAAUACGUAAAUUUCUCAUUCGCGAGAGAAUUCUGCGAAUGAUCGAUGACGAAAAAAAUCGAUGCUGAAAUCUCUUCAUAUUUUUUUUAUCCUUUAGAAUUUUACAUUCGUUGAAAAAAUAAAUAUUUAGAAACACCCGAAGUAAAUGGGGAACGAAAAAUCUCGAUUUUUCACAAACUCGCAAAGUCUCGCCUUUUUUCGACCCUGGUCACUCGAAGAAGCAACCAAACAAGAUUGUUCAGGAUUUCCCAGAUUCCUCAACAGCUUUGUCAAACUCUUCGAUAUUCUCUCGCUUCCUAGCGUCCAAUCGAGAAGCUUCAGUUUCGAUAUUUAUCGUAAAAAAUCCAUUUUCUCAUCCCCCAUUUUCUCCGGAGUCGCUAAAUUUUUCAUCAUUUUUCUCAUCCCUACAAAGUUGUGCUCCCAAAGUGUUGGUCUCGGGAAGGGAUUUUUUUAAAUCAUUUUUGUGCAGAACAGCAUUUUUGUCGCGAAGCGUUAAAUAUCGAUAGAAUAUCUAUAAACUGCCCGGUACUGUGAACACUUAUUAAAAUAUUGUGCAAGAAAAAAAAAACGUUCUUUAUCCCAUUAACGUUAACUUUGUCGUGCAACCAACAUUCGAAACGGGGAAGACCCUUUGAACUCGAGGAAAAGGCACUUUCAAGACAUGGAAGUCGUCCGAAUCCCAUUAAUAUAAUUUCCAAUAAAACGUCAUUCCCACAACAGGUGAGUGCCUUUUGAGGGAGACGAAAAGAAAAAGACAAUUUACAAUAAAAAUUAAAAUUAAAAAAAAAACCAAUGGGAUAUUGCUAAUAAAUCGAAUCCGUCCGUGUUGAGCCUUCGAUUGUUCUCCAGUACAUGCAUAUAUGUAUAUACAAAAUACAUAUCACAUGCUAUAUAUGUGACGAAGAAUGAAUAAAAAAAAGAAAAAACAAAACGUAUCCAAAGGCCAUGGAUCUUGAGAGAAUUCUAUAUUGAAUGAACGAUUAAAUAAAUAAAUAAAUAAAUAUUUAUACAUUUAUUUGUUUAUUUAUCGUCGAUAUUAAAUAAUAAUUAGAUAAAUAUUUAUACCUAUUAUAUAUAUAUAUAUAUAUAUGAAUACGUAAAGAAAAGGAGACAACGAUCAUGCAUAAAAAUAUCGAAAUUAUUGUUACAAGUUUUUACGAUCGUAAGCGCGACGAGGAAGUAGGGUAAAAAACUUGUAAAUAAUUUGCGAAAAAUGAUGACGAUAAAAGAAAUGAAAAUUGGGUGAAAAAUGGCUCGAAUUCGAGCGCCUCGUUGAACCGUCUUGCCUUGGCCUGUGUCUUAUCUAUAUCGUUCCUUUAUAUUCUAUACGUGAUAACUCGACAAUGACGAAAAUAAAGGAGAGAAAAACGUCCAAACGCAAAAAUGAAACUCCGGCAUUGGUUCUAUUACAGAAACAUUUGUUUUAGGUUCGUGAACGAAGAAAAACUUGAGCAAGAUUAUAAAAAAAUAAAAAAAAAUAAAAAGAGAGAGAGAGAGAGAAAAUGAAUAUUUUACAUUAAGGGUAACGAAGAUUUUUGUUUUUGUAUAGAUUAAGUUAGAAAAACACGAUGUACAUUGUACCCUGCGUAUUCUCGAAAGACAAGCGUUCGCCUUUAUUAGUUUUUUUUUUCGCAAUAAAUAAACGAUUAUUGUCAAUGGAGAAA